CCGGCCCGGCCUUGCCGCCUGCCUGCGCCCCUGGCUCAGACCUCCCGGCUCGUCUGGCUGCGCGGGCGGCGGUAAAAUGUCUGUCCCCGGAUCCUAUCAGGAGGCCGCUGGGCCCUCGGUGCCGUCGGCACCCCCAUCCUAUGAAGAGACGGUGGCGGUCAACAGUUACUUCCCCGUGCCUCCUGCACCCGCACCAGGGCCGACCACAGGGCUGGUGGCGGGCCUAGACGGGAAGGGCAUGAAUCCCCCUGCGUACUACACCCAGCCUGGGCCCGUCCCCAACGCCAACGCAAUCGCUGUGCAGACCGUCUACGUGCAGCAGCCAGUCUCCUUUUUCGACCGUCCCGUCCAGAUGUGCUGUCCUUCCUGCAGCAAGAUGAUCGUGACUCAGCUGUCCUAUAACGCUGGUGCCCUCACCUGGCUCUCGUGCGGGAGCCUGUGCCUGCUGGGGUGCGUAGCGGGCUGCUGCUUCAUCCCCUUCUGCGUGGACGCCUUGCAGGACGUGGAUCACUACUGCCCCAACUGCAAAGCUCUCCUGGGCACCUACAAGCGCUUGUAGGACUCGGCCAGACCCGGAGGGAGCCGCGCGCUGCAGGAAGUGCUCUCCGCCGACUCGGACCCGGUCCUGCCCCUGGUGGGGGUGCCACCUCCAGGGGCCUCCUCCCUCCAGGGGUUUCACCUCCGUGUCUUCUUUUGGGGGGAAAACGUCUCGCAAAUGUCACACACCUCCAGAACCCCAGAGGUUGCUGCUCGGAGUUGUGCGCAGGACACGCAAGAGACAUUCCCCUUGAGUGCUGGUCCAAGGGUCUCCCGCCUUCCGUGACCCCAGGUCACCCCAUCUAACUGUGACCGUGGCCCCGUCCAAAUAUCUUCUGGUGAUUUGCCAUUGGCCAGCUGCUUUUCUUGCCUCGUGGGCCUUUCUGGGGGACGGUCUCCCACUGAGAAGCCACACAUUGCCUUAUUUUUGAGCCCUGUCUGGCCCGAGUACGGCUGACUCAGCCUUAUAGUGCCUGCCUUCAGGUUCACCUGUCCCCCACUUCCGGCGACAAAAAAAAUCUUGCCUUACAAACUGAAGGGCUUGGCUCUCAGAGUCUGUAAUUGCGGGCUUUUCAUGAGCACACCAAUUCACUUUAAUGUGCUCAUUCGUCCUUAAGUGCCAGGAGGAGGUACUCACACCUGCCAGCCACACACAUAUCCGUGAGGCCAGAAACGUGUGCCAAAAAUGUAGGGCCGGCCCUUCCCCAGGAGUCUGCUUUCCCUCAGCCACAUUCCAUGAGGGGCUUUUGUAGAAGAAUUGUUUGUAUUAACCGCUUUUGGGACCUCCAUUUGGUCUCGGGACCACCUUGGGAGCUAAUUUUGAAAGGAGGGAUUUCUAGAACCAGUUUUCAUAACCAUACGGCCGUCACCAUGUUCCCAUUUGCCAGUGCACUUUCUCUCUUUCUUUUUUUUUUUUUUUUUGUCCUUAAUGGAAAAAGUGGUGGAUAAUUUUAUCCACUUCCUCCACUUGGGUUUAGUGUGGUUCUUAAAAAGCUCUACAGCGGAGCUCUUGAAGAGGGAACCCAAGUGGGGCUAGAACCCAGCUUUCCUUGUGGCGGAGAGCUGUGGAGCCCUGACUGUCUGUCACAGGGGGUCUGAAUUCUGAUUUUAUGUUUGAGAGCUGCAGCUUGUUGCAGGGCAUCAGAAGACCUGAUUUCUGGGACUCCGUUGGCAAGCCAGAGUUCUGGGUUCACUGCUGUGUCACCUGCAAAAUCAAGAUAAAGCCGGGCCCGGCUGUCAGGAGUCCCCAUUUUGAUAAUAAAUAGGCGAAGGGAAUGCGUGUGAAUAAUAGGUAGAGAUCAAGCCUAGACCUUGAACAAAAAUCUGUAUAUUGGCUGAAAAUCCUAGUUGUAACCAUUGAUUAAGCUUACGCCUUGGAUGUUUUGAAAGCCCUCAUUUUUGCAAUGACUAUGAAUGCCACAUAGUACUUUGGUGUUAUCUGCUUUUACAAAAUAAAAAGUCUUUGGUUCACUCGGUGAACUAUUUAUCAAUCCUUAGCAGUGUAAAGAAAGGUCUUGUGUUGUGUUUCCAUUGCUACAAAGAACCUUUAUUUGGCCCCCAACGGUAGAAAAAUCCUUCACGACAAAAACGUCAGGCUUGCUGAAUGGUCCUCGACGUCAGGACGUCAGGACGACCACUGCGGAGCUGGGCGCGUUGAUGAUGACUCAGAUUUGAAUGUCAGGCUGUUGGAACUCAUUAGGGCACCCUCCCUGGCAGCAAACCGUAGCUUUCAGGUUUUAAUGAAAUGCACAGAAGAAAGCUGUCCUCAUUCAUUCUCCAAACAACGCAGGCUUUGUUCAUUGAUCAGGGCGGUUGUGAGAUGCUAGGAAGAGGGGGUGGGGCAUGGUAACUCGCCAGGAAUAUGAAUGUCCUCUACCCUGUCCUACCUGGUGAAGAAGCUUCAAUUCCGAAGGCACAGGAAGAUAAUGGCAUCUUGGUGUGGCUUACAUUUAAACAGUCCUGAAAAAUCGCCACUCACCCGAUCUCGAUCACGUGUUCUCAUUGGGCAAGAUGGAGGCUGUGCAUAUGGUGGUAUAUAACUGGCCCCAAGCUCCUGUGGCGGUAUAUAACUGGUCUCCAAAUCUGAUGGCGGUAUAUAACUGGCCCCAAGAUCCUGUGGUUUUAUAUAACUGGCCCCAAGCUCCAAUGGUCGUAUAUAACUGGCCCUAAGAUCCCAUGGCAGCAUGUAACUGGUCUCAAGCUGUUGUUAAUUACAUAUGCAGGGUCUACAAAGCAAGAGCCCUGUAUCAAGGACCAUAAAACAUAUCCUCUGCAGAACUGAGAAUGCCAUCAGAUGCUUGGAGUGGGACGCAUUCAUCGGUCAUUCCUUUGUGUUGCUCCGAGUGCGGGCUCACUCAUACAUGUUUACAGAAUGAAAGGCUCUUUUGUGUCACCAGUGUUCGUCGGGGACGUUGGCGUCAAGUGUGUCGCCAACACUGAAUCACAUUCACCGAGUGAAAGAGCUUUAUGUCUGCUUGGACCUCGAGAAUUUUGCCAAUAACAAACGCCGAAUGGCCGUCUGCCUCAUAUACCGUUAGUCCAUCCAGGAGAGAGAGGUGGCUUGUACAGUGUUGGUUGGCAUCCUGUUAACAAAAAAGCAUUCAGCGACCGCACCUAUUUAAGCCAGCUGGAGCCACGUGACCAGUUCCUGGCUGACCACAGAGCUACCCGUGAAAAUGUUUUCUCCGGGGUAACUGGCUUCCCAACUGCUACUGAGAGCACUUCUUUUGGGCACUGAACUAUUCACGAGCAUGGCUUCGUACCCUCACGCACGGUCUGGCUUCCAUUUUCUCCCCGGCAGCAGCCUCUCCCGUGUUCAGGAUGUUAAAAUCCUUCUCUGACUUCCUGGGCUCAAAGAUCUCUCUCUAUUAGAAGUCAAUGUAGACGUUGGAAUUUUACUUUAAAAAUUCCAAUUUGCAUUUUGGAUCCUAUUAAAGUUAUCUCCUGCAUUUAUGA